AUGUCUAUUUUGAGAGCAAGAGUAAUAGUUGCUGGAGAGCCAACAGUUGGAAAAACCAGUCUUGUUAAUCAAGUUAUCAAGGGCACUUUCAAUCACAACUAUAUGAUGACACAGGGUUGCGAGUAUAACAUUAAAGAGAUGCCAAUUGAAGGAAAGUCAUAUCAGAGAGUAGAGUUGCACUUGAUUGAUAUUGCGGGGCAAAACAUCUUCAAGGAGAUCACAUUCGAGCUUCUAGGUAAAGCCAACUUAAUCAUGUUGGUUUAUGAUGUGACUAACCCAGACACCUUCCAUCUCCUUAGAUAAUGGCUUGAGGGAAUUAAGCAAUAAAAUCAGGGUAGGUAACUGAUUGGAGUCGUCGUAGCCAAUAAAAUUGAUCUCGAGAAUAGAAUUGCAGUUGGUCCUCAAGAUGGUCAUGCAUUCGCUAAGAGCAUCGGUUUCGAAUUCUUUGAAGUAAGCACCCUCCAGGGAAAGAAUAUUGAGGAGCCCUUCUAAUGCCUUGCUGAGAUGUUCCAUCAAAGAUAUCUAGACAGAAUUGGAGCUUUAUAGCACAUGUGA